AUGUUAACGGAAGUAUGCUCAGAUAUUAUUGAUAUUCCAUCAAGAAAUGUAAAAUCCAAAAAUAACUGUGGAACUUUAAUAAAAGGAAAUCGACAACAGUCAAAUUCAAAACUGAAAGCAAAAGUUGAUAAUUACAAGAAUUUAAGAGUAGUUGUAGGAGUACGUGUUGUUAUUACAGAGAAUAUGUGUGAAGUAAAUCGAUUAGUCAAAGGAGCGUCUGACACAAUUGUUGAAAUUAUCAUGUAUCCGGUCACGUCAGUGGUCCAGACAAUAAGAGUUAAAUUUGACAAUCCUGACUGUGGACUUCAACAUCAAGCAAAUUGUAAACUAUUGCUUCACAAUAUUGAAGGUUUAAAUGGACAUUAUAUGGAAAUGAAAAAUCACAGUUGGUUAGAUAAAUGUGAUAUAGUAUAUCUCACUGAAACAUGGUUAAGAACUGGAAAAAAUGCACCAGAAAUCGAUUCUCAUAUAUAUAUGCUGUUUUUUACCGUUGAAGUUGGUAAUACUUCAUUUGGUUGUACACAAAAUCAAUUAAAUUUUCCUACAGCAAUUUAUAUUGAUUCAGCUACUAAUAUUCUCUAUAUCGUCGAUACAAAUAAUAAUCGUGUGCAACAAUUGUUACUUAACAGCAGUAGUAGUGAAAUAACAACUAUCGCUGGUGAUGGUAUAAAUUGUACAUUUGGUUCAACAUCAGAAAAACUCUCAAAUCCAAUGGGUAUUAUCGUUGAUCAACAGCAAAAUCUAUUUAUAUCUGACUCAGCUAAUAAUCGUAUACAAUUAUGGUUAAACAAAGAGAAGAGCGGUGUGACCGUCGCUGGAAAUGGGUCGUUUGGCUCAGAACUAAAUGAAAUCAGUUCUCCACAAGGUUUAUGGACACAUCAAAACACAAUAUUCGUCGUGGAUAGAUAUAAUCAUCGUGUCACAAAAUGGACGUUGCAGCCAAAUGCAACUAGUCAAAUUGUGGCUGGAGGUAAUGGACAAGGAAAUUUUAACAAUCAGUUAAAUUAUCCGCAAGGAUUCUAUGUCGAUAAAACAGCUAAUGACACUCUGUAUAUAUCAAAUACCAAUGGACAUUUCGUCACUAAGUGGGAAAUGAAUGCAGCACAAGGCUCUGUAUAUGCUGGUACACCCGGCAAAGAAGGAAACAGCUCUCUGCAACUGAAUUACCCAACAGAUGUUACUCGAGACCAGUACGGCAAUCUAUACGUUGUUGAUUGUUUGAAUUAUCGUAUACAAAUGUUUUGUUCACCAGAUUCAUUAGAAGGUAUCACGAUUGCAGGAACUACAGGAAAAGGUGGAAAUGCUGCGAACCAGUUAUAUAUACCAGAAUCAAU